AGUUUUGAAAGCCUUCUGCCAAUCUGUACGUGCUGGAAUACAACACUACCGGAGAGGCAAUGGAAGAGCAGACAGUAUAGAUUACAGCUGUAUGUAAAAUUUGUUACACAGGAUCGGGGAAUUAAGAGCAGUUUCACUGAACGGAAUUAAGGCACUUGAAUAAUUAUCAUUGAAUCUGAAUAGGCUACGAUGGACCUAGACACCUUACUAAACCCUUACAUCUUCUGCACCCUGAUCAUGAGUGUCCUUGUGUUCUAUACCCAAUGGUUCGAGUACCCUGUCUCGAACCUCAAACCACUUCCAGGACCGAGGGCGUGGUCCAUCCUCGGGAACCUCCCCCAACUCAUCGCAGCGAGGUUCGACAUCAGCAACUUCCACGAGAGACUAAGGAAAAUGUACGGUGCGGUGGUCGGGUAUCGCAUCCACAGUCACAAUGUCGUGGUCAUCAGCGACUUGAAAUUUGUUCGAGAGGUUGCCGAACACCCAGAUUUCUGUGGAAAAAUGAGAGACGAGUUGCGUGAAAAUUUCUCUGAGGAGUCGAAUGUAGGAAUCUUAACAUCAUACGGACAAACCUGGGAGGAACAUCACGAUGUCCUUUCAAGUUUCGUGACAGAAGUGUCCAAGAGCAAAGAGCUGGAGGACAUCUCAACCAAAGAGGCCACCAACCUCUCCAAGGUCAUGACCGACCUUAAAGAUAAAGACGCCGCCAUCCAUCGGUACUCUGUCCAAACCCUCGCGAUUAUCUUCUGUCAAGUGAUAUUCGGGAAGGUUUUUGGUAUCUAUGACGCACCCCUCAAGCAGCUUGUUGACAUCAUUAUGGAGAAACAGCGACAGGCGCCCUCUGCGGUGAUGUGUCUGCUGCCGUCUUACCUGACUGACUGGCCAGGCAGCGGCGCCAAAAGGCGACGUAAGCUUGAUGCCCGGUUUGUUAAUUUGGUCAAGGAAUUGGUCGGUGAUCACACCAAACCGAAUGAUCUGAAACCAUGCUUUGUAAAGAAGUACCGAGAGGAGAGCAUCCAGAAAAUACAAAAUUUGGACACUGGAGCAAUAACACUUCUUACUAGUCACAACCUCCUCUGGACAUGCAUAGACCUGAUGACUAUCUGCGUUGAUGAAGCAUCACUCUGUCUUACCCAAUCGCUUCUCCUGCUCGCUUCUCACCCGGAAGAACAGUCCAGAUUGUUGGAAUGCAUCGGACCUGAAGCAAAGUUACAUGACGAUCAGGAACCUUUGGCUUACCUUGAGGCAGUUCAGCAGGAGACGAAACGCCUCGCACCUGAUCAUCCGUGGUCAUUGUCUUUGGUGGCGCUGUCUGAUGUCACACUUGGUGAAUUUGAUAUUCCUCAAGGGGCAGUUGUCGUGGCAAAUGGGCGUUACCUCAGGCAAGGUUUGGACGAACCAGCUCGGUUCCGACCAGGCAGAUUUCUUGACGGAAACGGAUCAAGGGUUGAACUGCCACAGAUGGUAUCAUUCCCGGGAGGUAAGAAGACGUGUCCAGCUGACCUGAUGGUAUCAUUAGCCUCUACAAUUUUGACGAGACACAUUUGUCAACGGUUUAUACUGAGUCUGCCAGCUAAAUCUGCACACCCCUUUGAUAAGAAUGGACUCAUCCGAUUUAGUGCGCUUCACAAGACGAAACUUCGAGUAGACCCUCAUUAAUAUUCCAAGUUCAUGUUUAGACCAAUUAUUUAGAAAGUGCUAACAUAAUACUCGAACUAGAUAUCAUUUUGCAAAUCCCGUAACUAUGGUAACCUGUCUAUAAAAAACAAAAAGGUACAUCUGUAGGUGCCAAAAAGUAAAUAUCUUUUUUUUCUUCCACUACUAAGAAAUAGAAAGUAACCGGUAUAGUAAAAGUAGUAAGAGUCAAGGAACAGCUCUUAUCAGGGCUAAUCAAUUUCAAACGGGUAAGAAUGAUUAUUAAUGACCUGCAUGCAAUGCAAGCUUUUUAUCAAGAUGCAUUUGUAUCAACCAGUAGUAGUAGUAGUAGUAGUAGCAGCAGCAGUAGUAGUAGUAGUAGUAGCAGCAGCAGCAGAAGAAGAAGUAGUACUAGUAAUAUUUAGUAGUAGCGGUAGUACCGUAGUAGUAUAACAUGUUGCAGGCCUGGUAGAAGAAGAAGUAGUAGUAGUAGUAGUAGUAGUAGUAGUAGUAGUAGAAGUAUUGGUAGUAGCAGUAGUAUGAGGGGAGGAGGAAUAGAAGUAGUAGUGCUGGUAGUAGAAGUAACAGUAGCUAUGAUGGAGAUGAAGCUAAUUGUUUUGUUUGUAUUAUUUAUUUCAAUGUGCAAAAUAAUUAUAAAUGCAGAUGAGAAUUCAGAAUAGGAAUAAUCAAGAUUAGAAGAAGAAAAAGAAGGAGGAGGAGG